CGUCUUUAAUUUACUCAAACGAAAACCCUAACGCCUCUCUCCGUUCGUCUCCCCCUGGAAAAGCAACAUUGGUAUGGACAAAGGUGAGCUCGCCUCCGGCUCCGGCUUCAGCUCCGGUUCCAACUCCGGUCCAGAUAUGAAGAAGAAACAAAAGCUUGACGAUUCUGUGGAUGAUAAAGAGAAGUCUGGGGUUGAUUCUUCUCCACAGGAAGAUGAAGAAGAGAAGCGUCGCUACAGAUCUAUGGCCAAGGUUGCCAUUGGUUAUGGGAUUAACCCCACCGUUAAGAACUCAACCAUCUCAGAAAUGAUUCAGAUCGUCUCCCCAAGUUUCUCUCUCGACACUUCUAAACUCAAGAGUGCGGUUCUCGAGAUGUACGAAGAAGGCAAAGAGAAAGUCAAGAAGCUGCUGAAUGACGCAGAAGGGAAGCUAACCCUCUCUUACGAGUGGAUGGUUCAUGGGGACUGGACUAGUGAAGACAUCGAGGAUCCUGUUUUGCACGAGGACUUUAUCGUUAUCAGCGUGUACUUCGCUGAUGAAACUUUCAAGAUGAAGAAAUGGAUCUUGGGGUACCAUCCUCGUGAGUCUCUGAAUGUAAAAGACAUUUAUGUUGAUUCUUUCAAGAACGUUAUCACGGAGUACGGGAUUGAGAGCAAGGUCUCGACUCUUCUUGUGCCUAACUACAGCGAUCUUGGCGUCAAAGCGUUCGAUGCUUUUAGAAAAUGGAUAGAAGAGAGAGGGAAGAAUCCGAUCCACCCUCGAGUGUUCCUCAUCUAUUGCUGCUCCGACAUUUUCCGGUUGAUGGUUGACGACAUGCUUAAGGACAUAAACAUAUGGGUGAUGGAGCGUGUCCGGAUGUUGGUUGGUUGGGGAAGAACGGCACCGACCAAUUGGGAUGUCACAUUGCGUAGUCUGCAAAAAGCUGUUGAUAUGGAAGCCAAGAAUGUAUUCGAAGAGGACGAGGAUUACGAGGACUAUGAGCAACCGUCUGAUGAAGAGUGGAUAAUGAUCAGAACGUUUUGCAAACUUGCGGGUUGCAUUUAUAAAGUUGCAAAGGAGAUUUUUGAAGGAGAGUAUCCAACGUCUAACGUCUACUUCCAUCUUCUUGCGGAGCUGAAAUUCAUGCUAAAUGAGGAGCUCAAGAGUGGAGAUGAUGAUUACUUCAUCAACAAAGCUAAAGAGAUAUUGGAGAGGUUUGAUAAGUAUUGGAACAAUAUGUUUCUUGUUUUGGCAACUGCUUCUGUGUUAGACCCUCGGUUCAAGAUGAAGUAUCUCGAGUUUUACUGCUCUAAGAAUGAGGUUUGUGAUGAAGGUUCAAAAGCUGAAACUGUUUUGGAGUAUAUACGCAAUCUAUAUGCUCACUAUGCAGCUAGUGAUAUCCGUCCGAAACAAGAACGUGCGGAUGCUGUAGUUUACCCAAAUCCCCACUGGUAUAAGUAUAUCACUGAAGAAGAAGACGAAGAAGAAGAAAAAGAGAAAGAGAAGAAGCCUGAUGCAUACAAGGAUUUUGUUUUCUUUCAAGAAUAUCUCAAGUUUGAAGGAUCUCCACGAGAGUUUCAUGAAUCAGAACUUGAUUCUUAUUUCAAAGAACCAGUUUUGGAGUGGAACAAAGACUUCAACGCAUUGGAUUGGUGGAAAGAGGCGAGCCAAAAGUACCCGAUCCUCUCACGAGUAGCUCGAGACAUUCUCUCCAUUCCAAUCUCUCGUGGGACAUCGCACCGUGCUUACGUCGCUGACAAAAGACAGCCGCCUGAUUUUGUUGUCUCCAUGGAGGCCAAACUUGUGAACGCCAUGAUGUGCAGCGAGAGCUGGCCACGAGGUUGAUCUGGCCUAUUUGGUACUGUGUGUUAUGAAGGAAUGGGUCGCUCACGUAUGAAGCAUGGAUGUAUUGGUUCUGUCUUUUGUUUCCAAGCUCAAACUAUUUUUUAGCCUUAACACCUCCAGAUUUUAAUCAAAACUAAAUGUUAG